AUGCUUCAUGGAGGAGAUCUGCACAGUUCGAACAGCUAUCAGAAUAAGAGUGAACUGGAGUUUGUCCCAGUUGAACUCCCUCCGAUAGUUAAGUCAGAAGUGGUUAAUAGGUGGAGAAACAUGAAUGUAAGGUUUGCAAGGUAUAGAUUACAAAGGGAAGGAAAGGAGCUCGAAUGGGAAAGGGAGAGAGGAAGAGAUGGAGAAAAGGAAGGAUAUUGA